GUUUUCAAAGUCUGAGAGCUGGAAUACCUUCUUUAGAUCUUUCUGAAACAUGCAAGUAAAUUACCAAUUAAAAUAUGGGUAGUGAAUAGAGAAUCUGCUUCAAAAAAAGAAAAUGAGUGUGAAACCUUCGUAUUUUCCAUUAAUCCAAUCUAAUUUUGAUUCUGGGCUAUUGGAAUGGAUCUAUUCAAUCUGCUUGAGAUCAGCCAUGAUUAAUUUUGUUCAUUGAUUGACACAUUUCACGAACGUACUGUCAGACGUGAUGAUGCAAAGUUGAAUAAAUGAUUUAGAAUUAAACCUUAUAUGUAGUAGGGGAGAAAGACAUUCAGUCAUUUGGACAUGUGUUGGCUUGACUGCAGUGUAGUAAGUAGAUCAUUAGCAACAUGAAAUAGUGAGAGUGCAGAGUGUAGCAUGAGCCCGGAAUGGGGAGGUGGAGUUAGGGAAACCUGGGCCAUGAGAAGUGAGAACAAUAUUGCCUCUUGGAUAAGAGGAAUAUGGAUUUACUCUCUGAGUAAAUAAUCAUCCUGAGUGUCUCAGGAGGUCUGCAUAUCGUUUCCGACCACUAGUAGAGGUGGGGACACCCUCCUGUGUGGGACACCCCACUCUGGGCCAGCCCUUUGGGAAUCAAAUCGCAUGACGGAAGGUCUCCUCGGGAAGUUCGUGCAGCUGAAAGUAGAACUCUUCUGCGGUAGAAGUUAGAUAAUGGGUGAUUCAUUUUUUGUAUAUGAUGUAUCAGGUAUGCUGAAGUAGAUUCUUUCCAGGCUUUAGCCUUCUAGACAGUGUUUAACCUAUAAAUAACAGUGUUUAAAAGUACAAAACUAUGUAAAGUCAUGCUGUCUUCUAUUAUCCAACCCCUCUCCUCACUUUAGCCUAAAGGUAGAUAGUGCUUCCCCCAACCCCGCCCCCCCACAGGUCAAAGAUUUUUAUUAGAGUAAAACUAGAGAAAGAUUUUUCAUUUUAGGUGGCUGGAAAGUACAUCCAGCUGAAAACCAUCAACCAUUUAGACUACAUGCUUCAUUUGAGUUGUGUUUCUGGAUGCGAGUCAAAUAUGACAACUUGUUUUAGAGCACUUUGCUGCAAGGGACCACCACCUGCACGACCUGAGUAUGACCUGGUUUGCAUAGGCCUCACAGGUUCUGGCAAGACCAGUCUGUUAUCAAAGCUCUGCAGUGAAAGUCCCGAGAACGUCGUGUCGACCACAGGUUUCAGUAUAAAAGCAGUGCCCUUCCAGAAUGCCAUCUUGAAUGUAAAGGAACUUGGAGGGGCUGAUAAUAUCCGGAAAUAUUGGAGCCGCUACUACCAAGGAUCUCAAGGGGUAAUAUUUGUAUUAGACAGUGCCUCUUCAGAAGAUGAUUUAGAAACUGCUAGGAAUGAACUGCACUCAGCUCUCCAGCACCCACAGUUAUGCACUUUACCCUUUUUAAUAUUGGCCAAUCAUCAAGACAAGCCAGCUGCUCGAUCAGUCCAAGAGGUUCUUAGGGCCACUUUGCUCAACGUCUCCUGGAAAAAGGCAACAAGGAUUGUGCACGAUAAAAGGGAGCGUCACAAAUGUCUUGUUUCUUCCGGGGGUGGAAGGGAUGUGCGCCAGUUGUCACCCGCUACACCGCACCAUGGCAGCCGCCGUGCUGUGUGGCCUGGCCCUUUGCACCGGGAGAAGAGGCGGGGCAGAUACUGGUGUGCACCAACAGUUGCUGCCACAGUGUCUAAGGCACUUACCACAGUGCCUGGCACGUGAGAAGUGGUCAGGUAUUUUUUUUUUUUUUUAAGUCCAGGAGCACCCAGGGAGGGACCACAAUGCUGCCCACCACUUUGGCCGGUGCUCAGAGACCAUGCAAAUUAGCACAGGCCCCUAGAAACACUUACCUUGUGUUGGGGAGCCGUUUUUGCAUACAAUGACAAAAACAUAAAUUAGGAAAACCAGCCUGGCCAAGUUGAUGCCAAGAACAAAAAACAAGACAUGAGGCAUGUCCUCAUGUUCACAAAUGCAUUCCAACCUUAAAUAUAUAGGAGAGAAAGGCUUAUCAGGUUGUGCUAUUUUUGCUUAAAUAGCCAAAAAAUGUUUUACGAAAGUACUUCUAGGAAGGGCAGGGUUAUGUGCGGCUUUGGCGUGAGAUUUAUUUAUUUUUUUAAUUCUGCUUAAGAACAAGUUGAAAGUCUCCUGAGGGGUGGGUGUGGGGGAGUGGGGAAUGGUCUUUAGAGUUAGAAGACCUUGAUUCAACUCACAGCUUUCCAGUUCAGUAGUUAAUAAAUUUUGUUCAUAAAAGUAUCCCUUUUUGAACACCUAGUCUUGGCAGUCUCACUGUGCUAAGGACCUUACCUCUAUUUGUGCCCUGUCUUCAAGGACAAGUGGCAUUUAUCUAUUUUAAAAAUUUGGAAACUAGGGGCAUCUGGGUGGCUCAGUUGGUUAAGCGUCCAACUCCUGAUUUCAGCUCAGGUCAUGAUCUCAGAGUUCAUGGGAUCAAGCCCCAUGUUGAGCUCUGUUAGCACAGAGCCGGAUUGGGACUCUCCUUUUCCCCCUCUAUCUCUCCUCUGCUCAUGCUCGCUCGCGCGCGUGCUCUCUCUCUCUCUCGCUCGCUCUCUCAAAAUAAAUAUUUCAAAAAAUAAUGUAAAAAAUAAAAAUUCGGAAACUGAAUCAAAAGAUAUGAAAUGACUUGUUCAAGAGUACAUAGUUAUAAAACAGCAGGACAGUGAUCUUUCUGGUUCAAGGAGCAGGGCGGUGGUGUGGGGAGUGGUGGUGUGGGGAACAGAGGUGGUAACUCAAACACGAGUUGGUAUGAGAAGAACGUGGGGUGAUUCAAAGGUAUGGCAUCCUGGGGCCUGUUGUCAGCCCUUUUUCCUCCCCUGCUCUCCUCCCUGAUUGAUGCCUUUCCAUAGAAAUAUUCUCAUGGCCACAGAGUUUUCAUCUGGAAAUCUUAGAUUGUUUUUUCUUUUUUUUUUUUUCAAUGUUUGUUUAUUUUUGAGAGACAGAGUGUGAGUGGGAGAGGGGCAGAGAGAGAUGGGAGACCCAGGCUCUCCAGGCUCCGAACUGUCAGCACAGAGCCUGACGCGGGGCUCGAACCCACAAACCGUGAGAUCAUGACCUGAGCCAAAGUUGGACGCCCAACCAACUGAACCACCCAGGUGCCCCGUCUUAGUUUGUUUAUUAAAAUAGCACACACAUCUAUACUUCUCAGACCUUUUAUUCUUUGCCAUCCUCUCUUUUUUCCCCUGACCACUACUUUCUUCUCUCUCAUAUUAUCAUUUAUACGAGCCCUAGCUGCUUCUUUGUCCUUUUCUUCUAAGAAAGAUAAAUAUGUUCAUGCUGUUUUUGCACUCCGCUGGAAUGGGUCCCUUGGGCAGGAGUGUACUUCUUUUUCACAAGAGGUGGCUGGGUUUGCAUUUGUAGCCUGAGCUGUGAACACUCAGAGGUUCUGCAAACCAUUCUACAUUCAUUUCAAUGGCUUCCCUAAUUCCUUCCAAGCUGAAGCGUUGUGACAGGGAGGGCUUUUGCUAUUUAGUACCCAGUACAUUGUUUAACACCUUUGCGCACACAUCAUAGACUUAUGAUUUAGUCCUUGAAGUUGUUAAAGAAAACUGCCUGACUGCUGAUCUUUGCAAUAUGGUUCCCGUUUUCAUAGAGAUUGGUGGUGAUCGAUUACAAAAGCCCAGACAGGAAGGUGUUUUGAGGGGCAUAUUAUGCCCUCUACAGUUACCCAGUGAAUGUUCACCCACACCUGUUGACUCUAAGAUAAACCCACUGAAAUGUUCCUUCCCAAACGAGGACAAAACAAAGGAAAGAAAGAAAAAGCCAAAUAGAGAUCCACAAGUUCUCAAAUCAACUGCAUACGUACUUGGCACUAAUUUAACUAUGCAAUUAGCUUAGAGAUCUGUGUUGACCUUUUUAAAGUUUAAUAGACUUUCAAAAGAAAUACAGCAAAAUUUUUGUAACUCACCAAGUCACACCUCUCACCCUUGAAUGUAUGAGUUCAAUCCGUUCUUCAAAUGAAAACUAUAUUUUAAAAUCUCAUCUGCCUUGUAUACUUAACAUUCUUUCAGAUACUCAUUCUCUGAUUUCAUUUGCUGAACAUUUGUCAGGGGCUGCUGUUGCUUGCUGUUACUUUAGAACCAGAUUUCAAGAGCUUCAUAUUUAUUAAAGCACAGUCCCCCUGUGUGCAUGUUAAGGAGGCUUCCUAUCCUCUUUGAUAAGUAUUGAAAUUCUGCUGAGUUUGAGAAACCUCUCUUCUACAUGCCCCCCACCAAAUCAAAAUCACUCUCAUUAUCACAUUUAUGUAAAUAUUUUUGAUACUGCCCAAUUGCCAGAUACCUUUAAAAUGUCUGCUUUUUUCCAACUCUGUCUAUAUUUUCCUUCUCUCGGCAAAUUCUCUGCAUUAUUCCCUAAUUCAUUAGUGGUAAUACACUUGGGUGUCUAGUUUUCUUGGCUGUGGUACAGAUUGAAGCCUCAGCUAUCUCAUGGCCAUAUGUUCUUCCUGCGUGUGCCAUGUGAUCUCUACGAAUGGGAAACUCAGAGCCUCUUCUCAGUCUCAGUUUAAGAUUGAUAGCUUAGAAUGGGCAAUAUGUGUCAGCACGAGGCUGUCUCAUGUCUGUUUACCAGAAGUGUUUUCAGGAAUUUAGCCUCAGUUUUGAUUGCCAGUUCACUCCUGGCAGACUCAUAAAAUAAGAAGCAAAAGGGCCCCCUGCGUUCCUCUGGUGAAGGAGUUUGAUAACGCAGGGAUUAGAGCAAUGUUAAGUCCUUCUAGAGGCAAUGCAGAAAAGAUAUCCAGCAACUUCUCUUAAUAUCAGAAAAGGUUCACUGUAGCUGCUCUUCUCAAGUCAAAAACGAAAAAAGCACUGUUUCCUGGAUCAAUAAGGAUUUAAGAAUAUAAACUAGUAGCAUUUGUUUAAAGGAGAUCUGUUUCCUUAUGAGUAGUCUCUGGGAUGGGAGGAGGGACAGGAUUGCCUUCUUCAUUUGUAUGCUCUCUGAAGGCAAAGACUAGAUUUUUGGGUUUGGCUAGUGCCUACAGGGUAUGUGUAGACUCCUAAUAAACACCGAGGAUUCUGUUGACGGCAAGUUCUUGAUUUGAGCUUCCAUUUCUGAAGAAUGAAGCCCUUGUCUAAAAGGUGUCUGUAUCUUAUCUCUGCCAUCCAGGCUUGGGCCUUUGGAGUAAUUCUGUAUCAAAUCAACUAUGUUCAAAUUCCUAAGAGGAUUGUUUGAUGAUUCAAUCUGUUGGUAUGUUCUACUAAUCUUCAUAUGUGAAGUGAUACCAGAGACACAUUUAAUGACUUACAGCUCUCAAAUAAGUUGCUACAGUUGGAUCUAAAAGGCUUUUCUCAGACAAGUCCAGAUAUCCGCUUUCCCUUAUCUGCUAGCUUUCAGGGGCCUUCUAGAGAACAAAUGGCUGGUCCUUUUCCAAAGGGACAGGUUUUCCUAUCAGAUGCUUUUGUUCCCC